GACUUCCAUUGGCUUAUAUAUAACGUCUUGCGCUGUAUGUGAGUGUCAAAAGCUUCACCUUUGACAAUAUGUCAUGUUGCGCCGACAUGUCUAUCUCUUUCCCCUACACACGUUAGAUACGAUAUACACGCUAUAUUCACACAUUGUCCACACACAUGUUGUUUAGCUCUGACUAGAGUGAUACUCCUAAUUACUGCUCACACAGCCUCACGUUAUAAAGGCAUUGGACACGCUUUGAUGUAAUAGACCAACCUCAGUUCACUCAACACCACUAUCACCAUCACGACCACCACCAUGGGCCACCUCACCCCUACCACCCUCCGAACCAUCGAUAUCUCCCUUUCGGGUGACAACCACAGCGCUAAAACUCCCCGCCCCGUGCAUACCUACACUACCUACGACGACAUCCGCGGCCAUGUCGCCAUCUCCGCCCUCACACCAACCCCCUUCUCACGCGUUGAAAUCUUCCUCCUCGGCACCACCCGCACCGCACACACGGAUCACACCGUCCCCGUCAUCGCCGAGCCACAGGUAACCCACAUCUUCUUACGCAUGGCCAUGCCUAUCCCCCCCUCUGCAUACCCUCCCCCUUCCGGCAGCAGCAACACCUACCUUCUCAACCCCGGCUGCCCCCUACACAUCCCCUUCCAUUUUGUCGUCCCCGCGCGCCUCCUCCCCCACGCCUGCCGCCACGAGCACUCCUCAGCCUCCGUUCCAGAAGCACACACCCAACUCCCCCCCUCCCUCGGUUCCUUCUUGCUGCCCCGCGACGACCUCACCUUUGAAGUAGCAAACAUCUCCUAUUCUAUCUACGCUAAACUCCUCGCGCCCUCUCCUACCAGCAAACCCUCGAAAAUCCUCUCCUCCGCGAUAAGGAAAUUCCACGUUGUCCCCGCUAGCGAGGAGGCGCCCCCACUACUCGUGCUGAAAGAGAGUCAGUAUGUGCUCUCUAAGAGCAAAACCAUGCGGAAAGGCAUGUUUAGAGGGAAACUAGGCACGCUCACGCUAACGACUACGCAACCACGCGCCUUCUCCCUGCCUCCCCCGCGCACAUGCGGCCCUCUCGUGCCUUUCGCCCUCACAGACCUAACCUUAACCCUACGCUUCGAUCCCACGGACCCCUCCUGCGCGCCGCCCCGACUAGGUGCGCUCUCGGCUUGGAUCCGUGCGACAACGGUGCACUCAAUUAACCCCGCGAGCAGAAUCCCUGAUCAGGAGCUACAGGGCAGUCCGUACGAUAGCCACAGCAGGGCGUUUAAGACGUACGUCGCGCUCGCGGCCCAGGAUGUGCCCGCGGCAGCGGCGCCGUUGUGGCGGGUUGUUCCCGCGCCGAAGUAUGCGAGGACGGACUCGGGGUAUUCGACUGCGUGGUCGCUUUCCCCCACUCCUUCACCUAAUUCUUCGCCGACUCCGUUAGCUGCGUCCACGGGUCCUCUUGUCUCGGUAUCCGCCGCUUCCGCUAGCGGAGACGUGGAUGAAGUAGACGAGAAGAAACCCUACUACACGACAAUCGCUCUCCGCCUUGUCCUCGCGCCGUCAAGAACGUGGAUCCCGACAUUCCACUCCUGCUUCGUCUCGCGCUUUUAUACGCUCGUCCUUGAGCUCGUGGUGCACCCUCCUGGAGCAACGAUGCCGUUUAUGCUUUCCCUCGAAGUCCCCGUGCAAGUGAUUGGGCAGGGGAGAGAGGGGAUGAAGGAGGCUUUCGUUGCGGGUGGACGGGCGGGGAGUGUGGGGAUGGGGGAAGGAGGGGACAUGAGGGGGUUAGGAGGGGUUUGGGACAGGUAUGUGGCAGGGGGUGGGGAGAGCGUGGAUGCGUAUGGGGGUUGCGGAGGGGAGGAGAUGGGGCAGGGAGAUGAGUUGUUGCCGGCGUAUGUGGCGCCAGACUUUACGCGGCGGAGAAGGCGAGGGAGGUGAAGGAGGAGAGAGAUGAUACUACAAACCUCACAGGGCGAGAAUACUCUAUACCACAGCCUUGCUGGCGAUCUGCAAACCCCCGAGAUCGGAAUAAUGGCGGCCUUGGGAAGGCCGCUGUCGAUGGAGGGCUCGCGAGAACAUUAAGUCAGAGACUUGCAACGACAGUAGGGGAUGAUGGCAGCUAGAUCUUUAACAAAAGUCUCAAAUUACUCACCGUUGAAGCAGCUCCUUAAGAGCAAAUCCUUCAAGUCAAAAUUCUCUUUUCUUUCUAUGCUUGCGCAGCCUAUUAAAGGGCUCGACGCAGAAUGAUGAGGUAGUCAGUUGCAGCGUUGCAAGGACAAUGCUGUGGUGGCCUGUGCUUUGGCGUAUCUGGCGAAGAUGAGUGAUCGAUCGAUCUUUCUAGAUGCACAUCUCCGUUCCCAUGCUGUCGACUGUAGGCCCAUAGGCCCAGUAUCAGGCCAGUUUCCGCGGAUUCGGCGGCUCCAGCUGAGGAUUUUCCCAGGUAUACAUACUAUAUGUAUGUCCCGUCAAAUAGUUUAGUUAGUUAGUUGGCUCUAUAUUGUGUUCCUGUGAUUCCCAUUCUGACUAAGUGGGAAUUCCAUGUGCGACAAGGAAUG